AUGGCUCCCAAGUUACGUGCCAGAAAAACCACCCCCAAUUCCGCCCGUAAAUCUACCGCUAAGGCCUCCCGGAUCUCCCCCAAGACUCCUGCUUCGACCAUUCCCGCCGCCGUCACCGCUGUAGAAGUCACUUCCCCGGAAACCACAGCCGACGAAAUCACUACCCCGGAAACCACAGCCGUCGAAAUCACUCCCCCGGAAACCACCGCCAUCGAAAUCACUCCUCCGGAAACCACUGCCGUUGAAAUCACUCUCCCGGAGACCACCGUCGUCGAAAUCACUCCCCCAGAAACCAUCGCCAUCGAAAUCACUCCCCCGGAAACCAUCGCCAUCGAAAUCACUCCCCCGGAAAUCACCGCCAUCGAAAUCACUCCCCCGGACACCACCGCCGUCAAAACCAUUUCCCUAGAACCCUCAGCUGAAACCGCUCCGGUAACUACCGUAGCGACUAUCCCUCUGGGAACCUCUGCGCCUGAAACCUCCGAUGGAACUGCUUCUCCUGGUAAACCCUCCGAACAAGAGAUGGCUGAUAAAUCCGCCGAGCAGGAACCCGCCGGUAAAACCACCGUAAAACCAGCAGUUAAGAAAACCAUCAGAGUUGUAAAGAAGGUGAUCAAGAAGAAGGUCACCAAACGAGUCCUAAAGCCUUCCAAUGAAGUAGCAAAACCGGAGCUUCCGCUGGUCGAUGGCGAUGGAAAUAAAAAGCCUUCUGUUUCGGCUCCAAUUGAAGUUGAGAACUCUAAGCAAUCCGAGGCUCCUGAGUUCGAAGGUUCUAAAUCAGAUUCGGCUCUAGCUCAGAGUGAUGAGGUUACCGAAACUCAAUCUCGAGUCGAUGCGCCAAAAGUGGAUUUGGUUGGAUCUCACAUUGAUGGGUGUGAAGUCGGAAACGUUGACGGUGAUUCUGGUGUUGGAGGUGAUGGUCAAGAAUCGGUUCCCAAGGGAGAGGUGGAGAAUUGUGAGGAUGGUGGUUAUGAGAAGAAAGAGGUGGACAAUUCUGAGAAUGGUGGUCGGAAGGAGGAAAAGGUGGAGAACUGUGAAGAAGGUGGUCGUAAUGAGGAAGAGGAGAAGGGGAAUGGAGCCACUAGGGAUGAAGAACUGGAGAUUUCAGAGCGGCGUAGGAGGAGAAAAACUGAGAUUUUUGUUGGGGGACUUGAUAAGGAUGCCAAGGAGGACGAUCUACGGAAGGUUUUCGAGAAGAUUGGGGAGGUUGUGGAGGUACGGUUGAUGAAGAACAACCAGACUGGGAAGAACAAGGGAUAUGCUUUCUUGAGGUAUGCCUCCGCAGCCGAUGCUAAAACGGCUUUGACUGAAUACUCCAAAGUUGAGGUUUGUGGGAAGCUAUGUGGAACUGCACCUGUGGAGGUCAAUGACACAAUAUUUCUUGGUAAUAUCGAAAAAAAAUGGAAGAAAGAAGAUAUUGUCAAUCUGUUGCAAAGUAUUGGGAUUGAGAAAAUUGACACAGUCACAGUAAUGACUGAUCCUAAUAACGCUGAAUAUAAUCGUGGGUUUGCAUUUCUUGAACUUGAAACUAACAAAGAUGCACAAAGUGCUUAUAAGAAGCUUCAAAAGAAGGAUGUUUUUGGCAAGGGACGGAAUAUCAAAGUUGCUUGGGCUGAACCUCUGAAUGAGCCCGAUGAAGAGGAGAUGCUGAAGGUUAAGUCAGUUUAUGCUGAAGGUGUACCAUCCUCUUGGGAUGAGGAGAAAGUAAAGAAGCAUUUUGAAAAGUAUGGAGAGAUUGACAGAAUUGUUCUUGCACGAAAUAUGCAUUCAGCUAAGAGAAAAGACUUUGCUUUUGUUAAUUAUACAAUUCGUGAGGCUGCUCUUGCAUGCAUAGAGUCAAUCAAUAAGGAGGGGUUGACUGAUGAAGGGACCAAGGUAAAUGUGAGGGCAUCACUUGCAAAACCUAUAUCAAAGGGUAAGCAAAACAAAGGUGGCUCAAGGCCAUCUACGAAGGAUCAUUCCAAAGAGAAGCCAAAGGCUGCCCAACGUGACACAAGCCUAAAUGCAUCCUCCAACAAAAGAAAGUCUGAAGUAUCUUAUGGUUAUACUAGAGACAGAAAAUCUUCUACUACCCAUGAACUUACACAGGUUUUGAGGGAGCAGGUCUCUUGGAGGCCAGGGCAGAUAGGGUUAGGGAGAGGCUACAGAGAUCAGGAUUAUACACACCCCAUGCCUGGAGGGAAACGCCCAUUAUCUGCGCUGGGAGAUAACAUACCUUUUUCAGACCCACGAGUAUAUCCUCGUGCACGCUUGGAUAGUUCUUUUCCGGUUGCAAGCUCAAGUUACAGUACAUUAUCCCAAGGUAUAAGUGGAGCAUCCCUCCCCUAUUAUCAGCAAUCCAUUGCCGGUCCAAGAUCCGAUACACCUUAUGGGUCUGCAGCAGAUCAUUCAGGUUACCUCCAGGCAAGACUAGGAGCUGCCCCACCCUAUGGAAGUGGUCUUUAUCGCAGAUACUGACGUGUAUAUCAAUUGGAUCAAAGCUAAGCAGACUAGCAGUGCUGAUACUUGUUCGCACCUCUACAAUUUGUCAGAUCAAGACUAAUUGGUGUUAAUAUACUCAGAAAAGUCACUCGUCUUUGGAUCGGGAUGCCAAUGAGGCCAAAAUUUUUGGGAGAAAAUCUUAACUGUGUAGUCUGUAGUUUCCCCCCCUUCUUUGUAAAAAGCGGUGCAGUCAUUUCAUUUUCUUCAUAUUAGUU